CACAUACUCACCCUCUUUAUACGCGACCAUCAUGCCGGCCGACCUGCCAAGUCAUCACAGAUCAGAUGGAGUGAAUAGUUGGUUUGAAAAUCCGUGGCCGCCAGCAAGGUCCUUGUUUCAGUUGUUCAUCAAGUUGGUCUCUCUUCCAGCCGUCGUCAUUCGUGCACAACCUCUCGACGGCGUCGAGCUCAUCCAACCUGUCACUACCGUUAAACCUGAUUUCUCGGUGCUCGAGACCAAAACUUCUAAUGAGUAUUGCCUCCAUGCGACUUGGCUGGGACAUGCGGGUUAUCUUGUGCAGUCACCCACAAUCAGAGGCACUCCAGGGGCACGCAUCGCCUUUGACCCUAUGUUCUCGGAGUGCGCUUACAAGUCUAGUUUGUUUAAUGGCCUUCGCCGUCGGCUACCUCCACCCUGCAAGAUCGAGGCCCUGCCUGAUAUUGACUUCGUAGCUAUCAGCCACAAUCAUUAUGACCAUUGCGACAUUGAUACGUUGGUGCAAAUUUGUGAAAUGUCCAACAGCAAGUCUGAUCGGACCAGUCCCCUCCGGUUCCUAGUACCCCUUGGUGUCAAAAAGACACUGGUUUCUGGGGGUAUCCCGGAAUGUCAGGUGAUAGAGAUGGACUGGUGGGAAUCGAUUGCAUACCGGCUCCCCUCUGCGCCAGAUACUAGGAUCGUAAUUGCAUGCACGCCGUGUCAACAUAAUAGCGGAGGGCUGCUGGAUUACAAUAAGUCGUUGUGGUCGAGUUGGGUAGUUCAAAUCCGAACCGUCGAAGAUGAAACCAUCUCUUCAGUUUACUUCGCAGGGGACACUGGCUACCGCACCGGAAUGGGACCAUGUCCUAUCUUUCGGGAAAUCGGGCAGAAAUACGGACCUUUCGAUGUUGCCAUGAUACCCAUAUGGCGUGGUGCCUCACUCAGCUUCCUCGGCCAAUUAGGCUACCAGCUGGCAGAUGAUACCCACCUAGCUGUGACCCAUGCGUCCCCAGAGGAUGCUGUGCAACUCGCACGGGACCUUCGUGCUCGUCACUCCCUUGCUAUGCAUUUCGCAACAUGGGCGGGGAGUGAUCACGAAGCUAACGAACCAUUAUUGAGAUUAGCACGUGCACGUAGUGGUGAUUGGUGGGAGGAAGGAGGUUUUGGAGCACUCAAUGUUGGGCAGACUGCGACCAUACCCAUCGAACGCACCUAAUGUUACAGAGAUGGUUGUUUG